AUGUCUUACGAUUUGAAGAUCUCCGAGUCACCAGCCUACGCUCCAUUCUUUGGAUAUAUGGGAGCUGCAUCAGCGCAGGUGUUCACCGUUCUGGGUGCUGCCUACGGAACAGCGAAGUCAGCUGUUGGAAUCUGUGCGAUAGGUGUAAUGAGGCCAGAGCUCAUAAUGAAGUCUAUGAUUCCAGUUAUUAUGGCUGGAAUCAUCGGCAUUUAUGGACUUGUUGUGGCAAUUGUGGUACGUGGUAAGAUUAAACCCGCCAGUUCGGGUUACACACUCAAUGACGCAUUCGGGCAUCUUGCUGCUGGUAUCACCUGCGGAUUGUGUGGUCUGGGAGCAGGAUAUGCUAUAGGAAUUGUCGGAGACGCCGGAGUCCGUGGAACGGCUUUGCAACCGCGUCUGUUUGUGGGAACCGUACUCAUUCUCAUUUUCUCAGAGGUACUCGCUCUUUAUGGUAUGAUCGUGUCACUCAUCCUCACUAUGGGGUGA